GAGAUCAGGUUUAGUCUAUCAAUCUAAAUCGCAGUCAUUCCCUGCACGUGUGCAUCUGACGUCAUUCAUGUCCCUUCGAACAUAAUUACGUCGAAGGUUUUUUUUUUCCGGCGAACCUCGUUCGUCGCGUAUGUUCGCCAUUAACUCGUAGCAAUCCGUGUCCCUGGUUUCGAAACCAGCGGAAAUGGAAAGUGUCAGCUGCUUGGAUCAGAGCGAGCCGCAGGUCCUGUUAGGGUUUCCAUUGCAACGAAGACAGAAUGAGAUGCAAACAGCGCAAUGGCGAUUGCAACAGCAACAGGUUCAGCAGCAGCAACAACACCAGCAGCAGCAGCAGCAGCAGCAGCAGCAGCAGCAGCAGCAGCAGGAGCGACAGCAUCGGGAUUCGGGCCUAGCUGAGGCAUCGAACCGGCACGAGGGAUGGAAGGAGCUCCAGGAAAGGCUAAGGCGGGAUCUUACUUGGAACGACGACUUGGAAACGCGAGACUUAGUAGCAGGUUCUUUCGCGCAGGACGUCGGGACGCAAGCCCCUAUAUUCGAGGCGUCUCAAGGCCUGACAAUGCCACGGAGAGGGGAGGAGGGGACACGGGUCACGUUUUCCGAGUCGAGUCAAUCGACAGAAGGCGGAGGAGAGGAAAAACACAAAUCUUGGAGUCAAAAGGAGCAGAGACGGCAGCUGUCAGGGGGGAGGGGCGUGAAGGUAGGGAUCCAGAGUCCUGCGAACCCUAGCAGUACAAGUAAGAGUGGAAUUCCGGAGAACCAGGAGGAGGGGAGAGUAGAGGCAGACGGAGAUGACGGAGAUGACGGAGAUUUGUACGCGACGGAAGACGUUUGGGAGGAGCUGCAAGGGAGCCCACGACGACCGCAGGAUCAUCAACGGUUACAAGAAAAUCAACGGUCACGAGAGGCUCAACGGUCACAGGAGCGUCAACGGUCCCAGGAUCAUCGACGGUUACAAGAGCAUCACUUUAGGGCGCGUUCCCUGUCGGAAACGGAGCAGUCUUCGUUGUGCAAGCCGAGCCGUUUCAGACAGCUAGCCGUCAAAGUUGACGGCUCCCCUGACGGUCCCUCCUCCCGCUCGCCGGUAUACUCGCCAGGCCCAAUCACCGCGCCGUCGUCGUUUGCCGGGGCGAAACCCUCGAGGCAUUUGAAUCUCUCCCGUGACUCGCUGUCGCCCAAAGAUUCGCCUAGAGAACGGCUUAGUAACUCCUCGCCUGAUAUUCCGUCGCCUGGCACCCGUCGCAGGGCUGCGGCCGGUCGCAUGGCGGCUUUCGCGCAGCAGACUGCAGAGGCGGCGACGCGUGCGACGGCGAGCUUGCGACGCGCGGGGACGACGACCGUGCGACGGCAUUCCAGGCAGCACUCCUGGUCGCAGGCGAACCCGUUAGUAGCAGAUCCGUUUGACGCCCAGUCCAGUAUAUCGUCCAACGCUAGCGAAAGCUUGAGCAGCAUAGCGAGCAGCCAGGCCGACACUAUCUAUAGCAGCCGUUCUAGCAAAGAGUACCGGCACGUUCCUAGCCGUUCGAUGGACGUCACGGGUAUUUAUGCCAGUAUCGCUUCCUACGCUAGCGAGAGCAUAAGCAGCGUCGCAAGCAGUCAGGCCGACACUACCCAUAGGAGCCCUUCGUCUAAAGAGUACCGGCACGUUCCUAGCCGUUCGAUGGACGUCACGGGUAUUAAUGCCGGUAUCGCUUCCUACGCUAGUGAAAGCAUGAGCUCUGCGGAGAGCAGAAUGAAUCAGGGCCAACACCAGGGCCAGUAUCAGGGCCAGUUUAGUAGUCAGGGAAACGGCAGCCGUACUAUUAGAGGCAGCCGUCAGGGGGCGAAGGAAUUAAGUACAUCCACGAAAGAGUAUCGGCACGCUCCUAGCCGGUCUAUGGACGUCAGCGGUAUUUAUGCUAGCUUGCUGGAGGAGGAACGUGCGCGGAAGCCCCCCGUGUCCCCCCGAUCUCCGCGCGUCGACAGCUUCCGCCAGUCCCCGUCCGCCCAGCGAGGGGAGCGGGGCCGCUUCGCCCUCCCCUCCCCCAAAAGCUCCCCCAGAAGCCCCCGCAGCCCCGGCUUCCGCCCAUCCGGCCCUUCCGCUGCUCCCCUCGCCCUUCCCGCGCGCUCCGCUCACCCCGCUGGUCCUUCCCCGCAUUCCGCCCUCCCUGCUGGGGCGUCCGCGCAUUCCCUCGUUCCCCCGGCUCCUUCCGCGCAUUCCGCCGUAGAUCAGCGCGUGAGCGUAGUAGGCGUAGAUUCCCUCCCGUCCACGGAUUCGGACGAGGAUUUUUUGGACGCGCUUUGCAGGGCCGCGGCGAUGCAGCGGCGCGGGUCGCCUCUCGGCCCCUCCGCCUCCGACCGUUUGGCGGCGGCAGAUAGAGGGGAAGAUUGCCGGCCAGAUAGAGGGGUAGGUUGCCGGCCGGAUGCAUGGGUAGACUGCCGCCCAUCCGUGGAUUCGGACGACGAUUUUCUGGAGGCGCUUUGCAAUGCUGCCGCCGCUGCGGCGACGGCUACGCAGCAGCGUGGUUCGCCUCUCGGUCCCUCGCGCUCUACGGCAGCGACGCAGCAGGUGCAGCAGGUGCAGCAGCAGCAGCAGCAGCAGCAGCAGCAGCAGCAGAUGCAGCAGCAGCAGGCACAGCAGGUGCAGCAGGUGCAGGCGCAGGAGACGCAGAGGGUGAGGCAGAGUCUCGACGUCUUGGCACGUCUGAAGGCGGACUCGCGCCCCUCAGUCGACUCUGACAACGACUUCAUGGAGCAGAUGCAGCAGCAGCAGCAGCAGCAGCAGCAGCAGCAGCAGCAGCAGCAGGCACAAGCGCAGGAGACCCAGCGGGUGCGGCAGAACCUCGACGUUCUGGCGCGCCUCAAGGCGGACUCGCGCGCCUCAGUCGACGGGCGCCCAUCUGUCGACUCGGACGAUGAUUUCGUGGAGAUUUUCGGGCAAGCCGUGUGGGAGAGGCAGGAGGAGGCCGUUGCGUUGACUAGGCUCAAAGAGGAGGCGGAUAAACACCGGGCGGAGGCGGCAAGGGCGGCAGCGGAACUACAGCGGCUGUUAGAGGGUUCGCAGCAGCGGCGGCGGCUGUCCGCGAUGCACCAGCGCUCGCUUUCCACAGUCAACGCGGUCAACGCGGUCAACUUUGAGCCUGAGCAGCCUCAGGAGGCGAAUCAGUCUGUCGCGGGUUCGCAGCAGCAGCGUAGGCUCUCCGCGUUGCACCAGCGGUCGCUUUCCACUGUGAACGCAGGGGUUGCAAGGAAUGCAGGCAAUGCAGUCAACGCUGUGAAUGUGGUGUCUGAGUCACUUCCACAGGGCGCAGCAGAGCCACAGUCGCAGCAGCAGCAGCGGCAGCAGGGGCUUUCAGUACUGCACCAGCGUUCACGCUCCACAGUCAACGCGGUCAACGCGGUCAACGCUGUGAAUGAGGUGGCGCACCAGCGUUCACGCUCCACAGUCAACGCGGUCAACGCGGUCAACGCUGUGAAUGAGGUGUCCCACCAGGUUUCCUUCUCUGCAGUGAAUGCGCCCGCCUUUGCAGGCAUGGUGUCUGCAAGUUCGGCAGGAAUGGCUUCUGCAGGCUCGGGUACUGCAGGUUCGGCUACUGUGGGUCUGGCCUCUUCAGGUUCGGCAACCAUAGUGUCAUCCUCCACAGUUACCAGAGGGCGGACUUCAGCAGUGUCCUCCUCCUCCUCACCCUCCCUCUUCCACUCAAUCUCUUCCACCAACAGCAUCUCACCAUCCCAAUCGCAUGCAAAUUUCCCCUCACAUGCUAUCUCCCCAUCCCAAUCGCACGCAAACUCCCCAUCACAUGCCAUCUCCCCAUCCCAAGCCGUCGCCUCCCGCUCCCACUCGCUCUCCCCGUCGCAAUCCAUCGUAUCCCCGCCGCAAUCCAUCGUAUCCCCGUCGCAAUCGCACGCAAUUUCCCCCUCGCAAUCCGUCGCCACCCGCUCCCACUCGCUCUCCCCGUCACAAUCCGUUGCAUCCGCUGCGUCAUCCCCGCGCGGACGUGCAUUUCCCCCUGCUGCCCCCUCUUCCCCACGCGGACGCGCAUUUCCCCACGCUGCCCCCCCUUCUCCGCGCGGACGCGCCGCCCUGUCCCGCACUGCCCCCUCGUCCCCACGUGGAAAUGCCUUCCGCCAGGCCCCGCCCACGUUUUCAGGCGCCCAUCACUCCGCGUCUGAUCCCAGGCGCGCUGUUGCUGACAGCUCAGCUCCAUACGCGUUAGUAGACCACCCGCCUGCGCUAAUAGAAGCGUCAGCCCUGUCAUCCGCCAGGUUACUGUAUCCUCGAGACCUUACGUUCACAGUGAGCCCUCAGGUGUCUCCUCAGGUGUCUCCUCAGGUGUCCCCUCAGGUGUCCACUCAGGUGUCCCCUCAGGUUUCUCGACAGGUGUCCCCCCAAGCAUCCCUUCAGGUGUCCCCACAGGUGUCCCCUCAGGUGUCGCCUCCUAGAGUACCGCGCUCACAGUCCACAACACAAAGGCCGAGUUUCUUGCUGGAGUCUCAGAUCCUCGAUAUAAGCUCAAACACGCUUUCUCUGACAAGGUUGGGGCGUGGAUCUCCCUCCCAAUCCCCUCCCCUCUCAUGGCCGCUCUCCCUCCCCCCUCCCCAUGCACGCUCCGUAUCCGAACUACCUGCCAUUCCCCUGCCCUUUUUCACCAACCAAUCUCCCCCCGAACCUCAACACUCCUCCCCUCCCCCCGCCCCCCUUUGCGCCUCCCCUUCCUCUCCCCCCUCCUCUCCUUCCUCUCCUCCCUGCUCUCUUUCGUCUUCCUCCUCCCUCACCUUCCCUCAAGCCCUCUCGUUCUCCCAGUCACCCUCCACAUUCGCUCAUUCCGAACCUCUAUCCCCACGCCAUAACCCCUCUUCCUGCAAUAGCUUAUCGCCAACCGAUAGCCUAUCGCUAACCCACGAUCCGCCUCCUCGUCCUCCUUCAAAUGCCCAAUCCGCUCGAACUUUCUCGCACUCUCACUCGCUCUCCUCCCCUCCCUCCCUAGCUAAGCUCAACGUGGCACCGGCUCAUCACUCCACUCCUGCCUUCACUAGAAACCCUUUCCCCCAGCUCACACCCUCUCCACCCCCCCACUCCGCAUCCGCCUUCUAUUCGGAUUCCCACCCACGGGCGCUAGUCCCAUCCUAUCACCCUACAGUGGUCACUUCUCCUCCCAAACCGUCCCCCACCGUUCUGUCUCCCCCCAAACCUUCUUCCAACCCACUUUAUGUCCCACGCGCUCUCACACUGCGCAAGAUGGGUCUACCCCAAGCUGAAUCUCUCAGCCCAGGCGCGCUUAGCCACGCAGCACUUAGCCAAGCAGCACUUCGCCAAGUGUCGGCCUCAGUUUGCCUAGAGUCGGCCCGACUUAACCAAGAGGUUGCACCACUUAGACUAGAGGUAGCCUCGUCUAAGCAACACUUAGCUAAGCGUCAGUCCACACACUGUCGAUCCCCGUCUCUCUCACCGCCAUCUUUGCCUGCUGAUCAACCCCAGGCCUCCUCUCAUGACCCCCCCACACACACUCAUUCACACACUCACUCACACACUCACCCAGACACUCACUCACACAAUCACUCAGACACUCACUCACAGACGCUUUCACAUGCUCAGUCACCCGAAAAGAGGAGGGGGAAGUUGACCAGGAAGAGCAAGAGUUAUGGGUCCUCCCCCGUUGUCAUCAGUAGCAGCAACACCGCCACUGCUGCCGCUGCCACCGUCACUGUUGCUGCUGCUGCCACCACCACUGUUGCUGUUGGUGCCACCACCACUGCCGCUGCUGUCACGGCUACCACCUCUGGCAGCAGCGAGGGCAGUAGCAGGCGUUCGGCCAGUGCUGUUGGUGCUAGUUGCAGUGGCAGCAGCAGCAGCAGCAGCAGCAGUGAUGGCACCAGCAGCACGAGAAGCAGCGGCAGUACAAUGACAAUUGGCGACAGCAAUGCCAAGGGUGACACUGGCAACUGUGAUAUCACUGGUAACACUGGUAACAGUGGUUACAGUGGUAACAGCAGCAGCAGUAGUAAGUGGAGUAGAAGCAACAGCAGGAGCAACACCACCAGCAGCAGCAGGUUGAGGAGUCAGGGAGGUGGCGCCAGUGGUAAGCUCAACUGCAGCAGCAGCAGCAGCAGCAGCAGCAGCAGUAACAGCAGUACUUACAGCAACAGCAGCAGCAGGAAGUCGAGCAGUAGAAGCUGGGGCAGCAUUGCCAUUGGCAUCAGCAACAGCAGCAGCACCAGCACCAGCACCACCAGCAGGUUGAGCAGUCAGGGAGGCAGCAACAGCGGCAAGUUAAACCCCAAAUUUGCUACCAGCGGCAGCAGCAGCGGUAGCAGCAGCGGUAACAAGAAGUCACCCAACAGGAGCUGUAGCAGCAUCGUUAUUGGCACAGCAGCUGCAAGGAGUUUGCAAUCGCAAGGGAGCUAUAGUUUCAAGGCGCGACCUUCGCAGAGAGAACAAAGAGGGGUGCAGAACGUGUCAGCGAGAGAGGCAACGGCUGAUCCUUUGUUAAGCGACUCGUUUAGCAAAGAGUUCCAGGGAGCCAUGCAGCAAGCUGCACCUUCAGCUGCGCCUUCACCUGCUGCUACAAAUACAUCAGGUGCUAGAGAAGAACCAACUCAGCAGGGGGCAUUUUCCCAUCAGAAUCAGAAUCUGAUGCAGCGGCGACCGUCCCGGCUGCUACUGCCAGACACAGAUGCUCCUCUCACUUCCCAGCUUCCAGCGCAUCGUUUUGACCUGACCAACCCACCACUUCCCCAGCCGCACCCUGCAUUCCAGCAUCAUCCUUCCUCCCGUCAUUUUGCCCCCUCUCUCAAUCUCUCUCCCCCUCUCGGUCCACCUUGCUCCAAUGGCCCUCUCUCUGCCCGGGUCCCAACUCGCUCCCUCCGAUCCCAGUCCUGCCGAUUCUCUUCUGAGGCAGUUAUUCGGGCAGAGAGGCAGCUUAUAAGGGGGAUGGAGGAUCCGCAGGGAAGGGCGGCAUACUGGAUGGGGGCGAGCUACAGUGGGAAGCUCGAGCGUGUUUCACCUGAGAGGGUUGUGAACGCUCAUAGGGGAGGUGCGUGUUGGGACGAACAAGCAGUAGAGGGAGGGGAGAAGGAAGGUUUGGAGGAGUCUCCUGGGGUGGUUGAUGGUUCACACAAGGCGUUUGAGGGUGACAACUGGAGGGGGUCGGUGACAUCAUUGGUCGAGGAAGGAGAUCUAGGCAGGACAUUCCCUAGGUCUAGAUCAACUGUGAAGAGGGACGAAUUCGGGUAUUGCAUGGAUGUGUGAUCUAUUAUACAAAAAAAUGUGCCUAAGUUUACCCUAUACUUGUC